UGCCACUGUUGUAUGAUGACUUUGAGCGGUUUAAUGUGUAUGACUCUUCCCAUUGGCUGACGGUCACUGAGGGCAUGCUGUUUAUUUAUUGCCAGUCUGCAUCCAGUGCACUGGUCCUUAACAAUCAGGAUAAUCCAAAGUUUGCCAUCACCAAACGACUGAAACUUGCGAAAGGGGAUGUUGUACAAUUUAAGGUCAGAUAUGAUCAAUGUUGGCUGCUCUAG